AUGGACGACCUUAACCGUGCUAUCAAAGCUAUGAAUAUGGCGGUGAAUUCCACGCCUGAAGACCACCCAGACCUAGCCCGUCGGCUGGGUAAUCUUGGUAUCUUGCUUGGUAGACGAUUCAAGCGGACUGGAUCGAUGGGCGACCACAACCGUGCUGUUGAAGUUACAGAUAUGGCAGUGAAUUCCACGCCUGAAGACCAUCCUGACCGAGCCAGUUGGUUGAAUAACCUUAGUAUCCACCUCAGUAAGCGAUUUGAGCAGACUGGAUCGAUGGAUGACCUUAACCAUGCUAUCGAAGUUGUGGAUAUGGCAGUGAAUACCACACCUGAAGACCACCCAGACCGAGCCCGUCGGCUGAACAACCUUGGUAACCGGCUUAAUACGCGAUCUGACCGGACCGGAUCAAUGGACGACCUCAACCGCGCCCUAUCAGCCUACAAAGAAAGCUGGAAUUGUUGUAAUGCCGCUCCGUCUAUUCGUAUCCGCCCCGCCCAAAAUGCUGCACGAAUUCUGGCCUCGCAGGCGAAUUGGGAAGAAUCUAGCCGGUUGCUGCAAGAGGCUGUAGACCUGCUCCCUGCUGUGAGCCCACGAUCCUUGAAACACACAGACAAGCAGAGCAUGCUUGGGGCCUUUGCCGGCCUGGCUUCUAUGGCAGCUGCUACUGCUCUCAAUGCCGGCAAAAAAGCUGAUCAUACUUUGAAACUUCUUGAACUCGGUCGCGGCGUCAUUGCUGGUCUAUUACUUGAAUUGCGCGGAGAUAUUUCUGAUCUCAAGCAGCAGCACCCUGAUCUAGCAGACGAAUUCAUGUCUCUUCGAGACACGCUAGAUUCCCCAGUAGAUCAAAAAGCAAUUCUUAGUUCGACUGAUACUAUGCCAUCAUGGGAGUCUCAAGCAUCACUACGUCGUGACGCGGACCAGAAAUUAAGCGAGACCCUGAAGAAUAUUCGCGCAGAGUCUGGUUUCCACAACUUUCUUCUUCCGCCGACUCCAGAUGAGUUGAUGGCCGCAGCAGAUCCAGACCCUAUCGUCGUCAUUAAUUUAAGCUCUUAUCGCUGUGAUGCAUUUCUCAUUGAACGCGCUCGCAUUAGGGUAUUGGAAUUACCUGACCUGAAAAUGAAAGAUGUCCAGGAGCGGACCCAAAGUCUGUUAUCAUCUUCCCUUGCUGCCUCUUCCUACACAACAUCACUGUUGGAGUGGCUCUGGGAUAGCGUCAGUCGUCCGGUUCUAGAAGCACUCGGUUUCAACAACCCUGUUUCUGAUAACAAUUGGCCUCGAGUGUGGUGGAUUCCCACUGGCAUACUGAGCCAACUACCACUUCAUGCAGCAGGAUACCAUACGCGGGGAUCCACUGAGACUGUCUUGGAUCGAGUCAUGUCCUCGUAUGCUUCUUCGAUCAAGUCGUUGAUAUUUGGGCGUCGACACCAUAUUCGCCAACCCGCAGGGCCCCUAUCAGACCAUGCUCUCCUGGUUGCUAUGGGCCAAACACCCGGAUUAACCACUAGUCAAGCCCUUCCAUAUGCUGAAAAGGAGAUCGAAAUGUUGGACGACCUCUGUCCCUCACUUCAGUUAAAACCAAUUAGGACAGCACAUCGUAAGGAGAAUAUUUUGAAACACCUACAGGGGUGUAGGGUAUUCCAUUUCGCAGGACACGGGCAGUCAGAUCCAGCAGAGCCUUCGCAAAGUCGUUUACUUCUCGAGGAUUGGACCACCGACCCCUUAACUGUUGACGACCUCCGUGACUAUAAGCUCCAUGAAAACCCGCCGUUUCUCGGAUAUCUCUCUGCUUGUUCUACUGGCGCCAACACGGCGAAUAGGCUGGCAGAUGAGGGAGUCCAUCUUGUCAGCGCCUUCCAACUAGCUGGUUUCCGACACGUUGUUGGGACGCUCUGGGAAGUCUCAGACAAGCACUGUGUGGAUGUGGCGAGGGUGCUCUACGAGACCCUACGGGAUGAAGGGAUGACGGACGUAGCGGUUUGCCGAGGACUGCACCGGGCCCUUCGAGAGUUGCGCGCCGGACAUAUUGACACGGGCAGGACACAAGAAAGGCCUUUCAUCUGA